AUGCAUCAAUGGCAAUUUUUCAUUCUACUUUAUGUGGAAGCUAGAAGUCAUGCUCAAACUACAGAUAAAGUGAAACAACAAUGGAAUGUUGUAAAUGGUAUUACUACUAUUACUACUACUAAUAUUACUACUAGUGCUUCUGCUACUACUAUCACUACUACUACUACUGCUACUAUUACUACAACAACUACUACAACUAUUACUACUGCUACUAUUACUAGUACUACAACUACGACAACAACUACUACUACUACUUUUACUACUAUUAUUACUCCUACUCCAACUAUUCCUAUUUCAUCUACCAAAUUUUUUGAAGAAGUAUCAGUUCAUCCAUCAAAUGAUGAUGUAAAUGCUUAUUGUCGAAAUGGUGGUGUUAUGAUUGGAAAUGGUUGUAUUUGUUUUCAUCCAUAUACUGGAACAAGAUGCUUAGAUUUCGCUUGUGCACAUGGUAUAUCAGUUGGAAUUCGUUACGAUCCAAGUAGUUUAUUCUUUAAUAAACCUUGCAUUUGUGAUGAAGAAUGGAGUGGUGAUUUAUGCGAUAUAUUAACGGCAAAUCAGUGCAACGAUCGUGGUGAAUUCAAAAAUGGCCGUUGUCAUUGUGCGGGACACUUUUUUGGCUCACAAUGUCAAUAUGUCAGCCGAUGUGACCAUGGCAAAAGGAAACACGGAAGAUGUCUAUGCGAUGACGGUUGGAAAGGAGAUUAUUGUCACGACAUCAUUUGCCAGCAUGGUUAUCCAGAUAUCAACAAUAAAAGCGAAUCAUGUGUUUGUCCGGCACGAUUCACUGGAACUCACUGUGAUCGUUGCUCCCAAGAAGGACCUAAAAUCAGGCCAUAUCCAGAAUGCAACAUUGAUAUCUCGAAAAGUAAAACAAAACAGCAACGACAAGAAGCAGAAACACAGUUCCGAUUGCGACUAACGAUUGUGGGAGUUACAAGCUUUUUGCUUAUGCUUCUGAUAAUGACAAUGAUUUUCUUCCAUCGACGUAGAAUUAAUAGAAGACAACGUUCAGGGAGAGAAAAUCUUCGACAGCGUGAAUAUGAAAUCCGGAAAACAAUCCUUGAAAAAGCUGCACGGACUACAGAAUGCCUGAAUGUUGAUCAGAGGACGGAAUAUACCGAAGAGGAAGACAGGAGUUGCAGAGAUCGUAUUAAAAAGAAACACAAAAGAUUCUCAUUCUUCUUGUAG